AUUAUAGAUGAAAGGCUGCAAACAUGCAGAUCGGGGUCGCGCAAGCAAAACAACGGCCGUUCCCGAGGAGGAGAUGAACCGCGCGCGGCGCUGAUCGAGCCUUCUUCUUGGUCCAGGAGCAGGGUGUGCGUGCGUGCGCGCGCGUGCGUGCGCGUGUGUGUGUGCGUGGUUUUUGCUUCAUCUCCGGAAUCCACUCCACACCGCGGCCACACCGACCGAGGCACGAUGCUGGGAUGCUUGAAAUACGGGACGGCGCUCGCGUUGGCGCUGCUGAACGCGUGGCUGCUUGGCACCGGAGCCACCGAGGAGGGCAUUUACACGCACCACCUUCUGGUCCAGUUGCACGAGGGGGUCGACGAGGACGCCCACCAACUUGCAGUGGAGUACGGCUUCGGGAGCGCCAGGAAGCUUCCCUUUGGCGAGAGGCUUUUUCAUUUCUACCCGCGGGACGCUCCUAAGACCAGGAGGAAACGCAGCCUUCGCCACCGCCAGCGUCUGGAGAAGGACCGGCGGGUGAAAAAUGUGAUUGCUCAGGAGGGCUUUGACCGUCAGAAGAGGGGCUACCGAGACAUCAACGACAUUGACGUCAGCAUGAGUGACCCGCUUUUCUCCAAGCAGUGGUAUCUUAUAAAUACAGGGCAGGCUGACGGCACUCCCGGGCUGGACCUCAACGUGGCUGAGGCUUGGAAGAUGGGCUACACUGGAAAAGGAGUCACCAUCGCCAUCAUGGAUGAUGGAAUCGACUACCUACACCCAGACCUCGCCUUGAAUUAUAAUGCAGAGGCCAGCUAUGACUUCAGCAGCAACGACCCGUACCCGUACCCCCGCUACACGGAUGACUGGUUUAACAGUCAUGGGACCAGGUGUGCUGGAGAGGUGUCUGCAGUGGCUAACAACAACAUCUGUGGAGUAGGAGUGGCCUACAGCUCCAAGGUGGCAGGCAUCCGUAUGCUGGACCAGCCUUUCAUGACGGACAUCAUCGAGGCCUCCUCCAUCAGCCACAUGCCACAGGUCAUUGACAUCUACAGCGCCAGCUGGGGUCCCACUGACGACGGCAAGACGGUGGAUGGACCCCGCGAGCUCACGUUGCAGGCCAUGGCAGAUGGUGUCAACAAGGGCCGAGGGGGUAAAGGCAGUAUCUAUGUGUGGGCUUCGGGGGACGGUGGUAGCUAUGAUGACUGCAACUGUGAUGGCUAUGCCUCCAGCAUGUGGACCAUCUCCAUUAACUCGGCCAUCAACGAUGGGCGCACGGCCCUCUAUGACGAGAGCUGCUCCUCCACGCUGGCCUCCACCUUCAGCAACGGCCGCAAGAGGAACCCCGAGGCAGGCGUGGCCACCACAGAUCUGUAUGGAAACUGCACGUUGCGUCACUCUGGCACGUCGGCUGCUGCUCCCGAGGCUGCUGGCGUGUUUGCCUUGGCGUUGGAAGCCAAUCCGAACCUGACGUGGAGGGACAUGCAACACCUGACAGUGCUCACCUCCAAGAGGAACAAACUCCAUGAUGAAGUGCACCAGUGGAGGAGGAAUGGAGUGGGCCUGGAGUUUAACCAUCUGUUCGGCUACGGCGUGCUGGACGCUGGCGGCAUGGUCAAGCUGGCACGGGACUGGAAGACUGUGCCAGAGCGUUUCCACUGCGUGGCUGGCUCUGUUCAGGAGAUGCAUAAGAUCCAGUCAGGUGAGAAGCUCUCUCUCACCAUCUCCACAGAUGCCUGCCAGGGCAAGGAGAACUUUGUGCGCUACCUGGAGCAUGUGCAGGCCGUGGUGACAGUGAACGCCAGCCGCCGUGGAGACCUGACCAUCAACAUGACCUCACCCAUGGGCACCAAGUCCAUCCUACUGAGCCGUCGGCCGCGCGAUGCUGACGCCAAGGUGGGCUUCGACAAAUGGCCCUUCAUGACCACGCACACCUGGGGCGAAGACCCACGUGGCACCUGGCUGCUGGAGGUGGGUUUCCAUGGCGACGCCCCCCAGAGCGGCACGCUGAAGGAGUGGACCCUCAUGCUGCAUGGGACGCAGAGUGCCCCUUACAUAGACCAGGUGGUGAGGGACUACCAGUCCAAACUAGCCAUGUCCAAAAAAGAGGAGCUGGAGGAGGAGCUGGAUGAGGCCGUGGAGAGGAGCCUCAAGAGCCUGAUGAGUAAAAGCAACUAGCCCCAGGACGGCCCUGCAUGACACCCACCUUUUCUCUCUUCUUUCUCUCUCCCUCUCUCUCUCUCUCUCCCUCUCUCUCUCUCUUCUGUCAGUGUAUAUUUCUCUCACUUCUUCUUUCUUCGCACCUUUUAGUUUCGAUUUUUUUCCUCCCCCUGUGGUUCCAAUCACAAUGAAUGUUUCAUGUAGCCCCGUCAAAAUAAAAGUAUAUUCUCAAAAAUGAUCUGCCCUACAGAUGAAAAUAUGGCAUCUUGCUUUCUGUAUUAUGUUUUGUUUUUUACAAUUUAAGAAAAAUGUAUAUAAACAGAAUAUAUAGAUACUAUAUUAAGUUCUUGCUUAUCUUGCUGUCUUACCCACCUCUACGAAGACAACUACUGUACAGUUUGUGACUGUAAAUGACUUUCUGUGUUACUCUACCUACCUAAUGUUUAGUACCUUGCAAACACAGCAGUGGUAUUUCUUUUCUGUUAUAUAUUUUUGUGAGGAUGAGCUGUUUAUAUCUGCGGUUGGAGAUGGAAUGUGUGAUCACAGCUUGUGGACGACUACAGCAUAUUUCAUAUCCUUCGGUAUAUCUAAUAAUAAACCUGUUCUGCUGUUUGUUAAAGCA